AUGACCCAUCCGGGGGAUCCUCAUAGCAUCCAACCCUCCGGAUGCAUCACCACCCGGGACUUCGACAUCCGCACCGACUUCCCCAUGUACCGCGUCUACCGCGGCGGGAAAAGCAUCGGCAGUCGUCGCGACCUGCUGGAUGUCUGGAGUGACGACUACGUAGGGUUUCUCAUCGGAUGUUCGUUCUCCUUUGAGGCGGCUCUCACUGCAGCCGGUCUGCCCCCGAGACAUCAGAAGACUAAUUCCAUGGUCGCUAUGUAUCGGACUAAUCUCCCGCUGUUGCCCGCGGGAAUCUUCACCGGUGCUACCUGUAUCGUGUCGAUGCGACCGUAUCGUCAGGAUCGGAUCCAGGCUGUUCGUGACGUGACCAGACCUUAUCUGGCGACUCAUGGGGAGCCUGUUGCUUGGGGUUGGGAGGCUGUCAUCGCUCUGGGGAUUAAGGAUAUUCAGUGUCCAGAUUUUGGGGACCCGCCUGAUUUGGAGGAUGGAGAGGUGCCGGUAUUCUGGGCCUGUGGUGUCACCCCCCAGAUGGCCGUCGAAUCAGCAGGUGACAAAAUCGAAGAUCUCGUCUUUGCCCACGAACCAGGACAUAUGCUGGUGACGGACUAUACAGCAGAGGAUCUACAGAAAUUGGGUCGUUCUUGA